CACCUACCUAUUCCUUCCCCGCCUUUUGAUCUUCCUCUCCCUCUAUACCCCAAGAUGUCUCCUCCCGAUUGGGUCAAGGCCCUGAAGCCGGCCGGCCAGCCCGGCUCUGAACUGCUGGCCCAGGAGCGCAGCCAGUCCAACGUCGAUGUCGACAAGCUCGCCGAGUUGCUACACACCCGCCAGGCCCUGGAGCGGCAGGACCGCCUCCUGGCCAUGAUGAAGAACGACAAGGUCUUCGACAAGUCGCAGAACCACACCCUCGGCCGAACCGAGCGCAUCCAGCGUGCCCUCGCCAAGGGCAAGCGUCUCCAACAGCUCUCCGUACAGCACAACUGGAACUACGAUGACUUUUACGCCGCCAACGACCUCCUGGGUGAGCCCACGCCGUAUGGCCUGCACGCGUCCAUGUUCCUGGUCACCUUGCGGGAACAAACCACCCCGGAACAGAAGAAGGCCUUCCUCGAACGCGCAGAGAAAUACGAGAUCAUCGGCUGCUACGCCCAAACGGAGCUGGGACACGGUUCGAACGUGCGUGGACUGGAGACGAGGGCGGUGUGGAACCAGGACGAUAAGACCUUCACUAUCCACUCGCCGAGCUUGACCGCGUCCAAGUGGUGGAUCGGCUCGCUGGGCCGCACGGCCAACCACGCCGUCGUCAUGGCGCAGCUGUACAUCAACGGCAAGAACUACGGUCCCCACCCGUUCCUUGUGCAGAUCCGUGAUAUGGAGACGCACCAGCCGUUGGAGAAUGUCUACGUGGGUGAUAUCGGACCUAAGUUCGGAUACAACACGAUGGAUAACGGAUUCCUCCUGUUCAACAACGUCAAGAUCCCCCAUUUCAACAUGUUAGCCCGUUUCUCCCGGAUCGACAAGGACACCGGCAAGUACAUCCGCCCGGCCCUGCCCGCGCUCGUCUACGGCACCAUGGUGUGGGUGCGCUCCAACAUCGUCCUGCAGGCCGGUAGUGUGCUGGCUCGCGGUGUCACCAUCGCGGUACGCUACUGCAGCGUCCGCAAGCAGUUCCAGGACCGCGACGCCACCGGCAGCGUGGGUGAGAACCAGGUCCUCAACUACAAGAUGGUCCAGAUUCGUUUGCUGCCGCUGUUGGCCACCAUGUAUGCGCUGCACUUCACCGGUCGCGGCAUGAUGGGUCUGUACGAGGAGAACCAGAAGCGCAUGGCGGGCGCUGCCCAGGCCGGCCCUGAUGAGCUGCGCGCCGGUGCGGAGCUCCUGGCUGACUUGCACGCCACCUCGUGCGGUCUCAAGGCGCUGGCCAGUACCACUGCUGGUGAGGGUCUCGAGGUGUGCCGUCGCGCCAUGGGUGGACACGGUUACUCGCAGUACAGUGGUGUUGGCCACUGGUACGCCGACUAUCUCCCCAACCUUACCUGGGAGGGUGACAACUACAUGUUGACCCAGCAGGUCGCCCGUUAUCUCCUCAAAUCCGCUCGUUCCGUUCUUGCCGGCCAGGCCGCCAACAACGACACCUGCCGUAUUCUCAAGAACUACCUGUCCCGCCGCAACAAGGGUGCCUCGUUCGACGUCCUGGAGCAGGACAAGGACAUCGUCGAUGCCUUCGCCUGGCGCGCCUCCCACCUCACGUUCGAGGCGCUCAAGCACCGCGACGUCGAGAAGCGCUCGUGGAACUCGCUGCUGGUCGAGUUCUGGCGCCUGUCAACGGCCCACUCGCAGUACCUGGUGGUGAAGAACUUCUACGACGCCGUCAACUCGCCCCAGCUGAGCGCCGCGCUCGGCCCCGAGACCACCGCCACCCUGCACAAGCUGUUCCGCCUGUACGCCCUGCACACGCUCGAGCGCGAGGCCGCCGAGUUCUUCUCCUCCAGCGCCGUCACGACGCGACAGAUCUCGCUGGCGCAGACUACCGCCGUGUCGAAGCUUCUGGACGAGAUCCGCCCCCACGCCGUGUCCCUGGUCGACUCGUGGAACUUCGACGACUGGCAGCUCGACAGCAGUCUGGGCCGGUACGACGGCGACGUUUACCCCGACCUGUUCCGCCGGGCCAGCCAGGAGAACCCGGUGAACGACCUCGUGUUCGACCCUUACCCGUGGAACGCGAACGUGCUGAAGAACAGCCCGAAGAGCAGCAAGCUUUAAGUUUUUUCUUUUUGUUUUGUCCGUGUCGAUUUAGCCUUUCUUUUUUCAUUUCUUUUUUUCACCCAUUUCUUUGUAAUUAUACGAUGGACG